UUUAUGUAACAGAAUGAAGACACAUCUUGAGAAGUCUUGACAUGGAGCCUUCCCGCCGCUAGAUGGAGAAGUGGGGCAGAAAAAAAUACCACCUCUGAAAGAAUGGUCCUUUCUCCUCUGGCGGCAGAACUGGAUUUGCUCCCAGUUUUUUUAAGGCUGCACGUACACCGCUCCUCUGCAGCCCUGAAGCAGACAGCCUGGUUCCUCGGACGUCAUAUGAUAAGGCUGGAUCAGAGCCAGCAGGGCCCCCGUUUGGAGAGGAGGACCCAUAUCUCCGUCAACACGCGCAGCCAGGGCCCCCUUUAUCUCUACAAGGCAGGGAGGCGUAUCCUUUUCCCCUCUCCCACUCCCCUCCACAUACCACUCUGACUCUCCCUCUCACCCGUGCGCUAACUACACACCAACCUGCUUCAGACGACGCCCCGACGCCCAGGAGAUUUCCACGCAGGGCGAGCCCGUCGUGCGUCUUUUCUCGCCAUCCAUCGGGGUCUUAUCGUUAUUGCCAUUACUGUGCGCGCUCGGGCUGCCCGCGGCAUCACCUCAGCAAUAACAGAAAGGGUGCCAGCCACAAGAAGAAGAAGAGGAGGAGGAGGAGGAGGAAGAGGAGGAGGAGGAGAGGAAAGGGGGGUGUUAGAGUAUUCGGCUCAGAAAUAAACAAGAAGACACCCUGUUUGGAAGACGUCCGUGGCGGGAAAGGGAUCUGCAACUGAGAUGGCUGAGGUGUCACAAGAGGAGAGACUCCAGGCCAUCGCUGAGAAAAGGAAGAAGCAGACAGAGAUUGAAAACAAGAGGAGGCAGCUGGAUGAUGACCGACGGCAACUCCAGCAUCUCAAGUCGAAGGCACUGAGGGAGCGCUGGUUGUUAGAUGGAGCUCCAGCAGAGGAGGAGACUCAGAAGCGUCUGCAUGAGGACGAGGUGAAGACCAAGCUCCUGGAGCAGGUUAUCCUCAGGCUGGAGCAAGAGAUAGAAGAACUGGAGACAGACGCUCCAGCCAAAAAGGGUGUGGCCAAAGAAAAUGGAGGCGAGAACGGAGUAGUGCAGAACUCCGGUCAGACCCCCAAGAGAGAGGUGACAGGGAUUGAGGCCAAGCUGCUGGGUCCCAGUCCUGACCAAGCCAGCGCGGACAACCCCGUCACCCUGGUGUUCAUGGGCUACAAAACCGUGGAGGAGGAGCAGGAGAGCCGCACGGCUUUGGGAAUGGAAGGGGUGGAUGGCAACGUGAAGGCCGAGUUUGUUGUCAUUGAGGAUGGGGAGGGGAAAGCGGGAGGGGAGGCCGCCACAGAAGAGCAGGCUCCACCCAACGGGAGCAUGGCGGAGAAAGAAAAGGCCAACGGAGGCGGGGAGGAAGGGGAGAAGGAGAAGGAGAAGAAACAGACCUGCAAGUGCUGCACGGUCAUGUGAGCUAUGUGUGUGUGCAUAUGUGUGUGUGGGCGUGUGUGUGUGGGGGAGUGCACACCUGCACCUGUGCAGGCAUGUGUGCCCUUUGCAUGUGUCUGUAAUUGCAGAUGUGUGUAACUUUGUGUCUGUGUGGGAGAGCGUGUGUGUGUGUGUGUGUUUGUGUCGGGACUGGAGAAAAAAGAAAACAAAAAAAACGAAGUACAGUCACACAGCCAAUAUACCAACAAUGAGAGCCAAAUACAAGCUCCAGCUACAACAACAAGAACCACAAAGACUCAUAAGUACACUUUUCUCUGUAUACUUUCUCUGAUAUGUAUUUGACUUUUGAUUUCUAUUGAUAUUUUUCUAUUUUUCUGUCUUGACAUUUAUAUUGUAUUCAGUAUGUAUAUCUUUAUUAUGGGACUGUGUACUGUAAGUUCAUUGUUAUUAUUGUUGGAAAAAAAGAAAAAUGUAUUAGCUCUCUGGAUUGUACUGCUACCCACUGGGGGGAAAUCUGGAAACUUUAAAAUCAUUUAACAGCAAACUAUGAAGGACACAGAUACUUAAAUAUAUAUAUUUCUCUGUGUAGGCCUACCAAUUAUUUAUCAGUCAAUUUCAUAUUGCAAUAUUGUCUAAGAUAUUAUUUUAAAUAGUAUUUUAAUAUAUUGAUAUGAAAUUAUGUUUUAUACAAUGUAUUUAUUGUUUUGGGUUCUCUAUAUCAUCUCCAACCAUUAACUGCAUGUAAGCUUGUAAGCACUACCAGAUUCGCGUUACGAUCAUUAACAAGUGUCUGUGCUUUCUUAGACUCAUAUGUGCUCAUAUCUUUAGUCACCUAUCAGUAACAGUUGUUAUAAGUGGCAGCGUUAGAGAUGUGCAUUCAAAAGAAACCUACAGCACGGAGACAAGAGGCCGAUUAGAGCAGUGACCAUAUCGCAAACCGCACUAGCUUCUCAUAGAUACUAUAUGUGACGCACGUACAUGAAGAUCACAGCUUUUUGUGUUUUUUAAAUAAGGACGGAUACACUUGCUUUACGAUCAGUAGAGUCACGACGAAACCAUCGCGCGACGAUUAGAGGCGCUUCAACGAUUUUGUUCUCUCAACAGUAGGAAUCAAUGUAAAUCUUAUGAGGUAGCACUGCAUGAAGCCUUGCAACUGUUUUGACUGUCUUGUCACUUGUUAGGUCUUAAUUAUACGCUAUCACGUUCACAUGAAUGUAAAAAUCCAGGGGUUAAAUUGGGAUUAGUUCUACCAUAAUGAAAAGAGGCGGGCUUGCUCAGCUCAAACAAAAAAAAGAAAAAGAAGAAGCUUUUUUGUCUCUUUAUGAACCAAAUAAAAGUCUGAUGAUGCUGUAAUUUCACUGUGUGUUGGUCGGCUGCUGGUUUCUGUCCUGCUUGCUCCCAGUUUAACCCCUGACUCUUUUGUCUGUAGACCCGGGCCCAAUAGUACUUGAAUAGAUUUGCAGAAGUAGAAAAAGAUUUGGGGCAUUUCAAUAGACUAAUGAUACUCUUUGGGAACCUGAACACAACAUAAAUAAUGUGAUUGUGUCCAGGUGCCCAAGCUUUAAGUAAGUAUUGUAUUAGAAAUAGGUCAUAUUCUGUAAGAGUCUACCAGUCUAACCAUUUUAAAGGGAUAGUUCACCCCAAAACCAAAAAUACAUAUUGUUCAUCUUACCUGUAGUGCUAUUUAUCAGUCUAGAUUUUUUCAGUUUGAGUUGCUGAGUGUUAGAGGUAUCGGCCGUAGUGACGUCUGCCUUCUCUCAAGUAUAACCAAAAUAGAUGGCACUCGGCUUGUAGUGCUCAAAGUGCCAAAAAAUACUUUUGAAAAACUCAGUGGCAAUGUCUCUUUCCAGAAAUCAUGACCCAGUUACUCAAGAUAAUUCGGAUAUUGUUGUGAGCAGUUUCAUAUAGGAACUAUUUUCUUUCUACUCAAGUACACCCAACAACUGUGUCAUUGCGCAGAAGGAAGUGUGCAUCUACUCAUGGACGAGAGGUUAGUGACAGCUUGAGAUGUAAACAUUACCUCUGCAUUUUUUUUUACCUCUGUGUGGUGAUACGGCUAAUGGGUGUAGUUCGAAGAAGCGAACUAGUAGAACUAUUUCUGUCUACCAAACUACACAUCAUAUCAACUGAAUCACCCUGCAGAAGGAAAUGUGCAUCUACUGCUAGUUUACCUUGCACCUGUAACAGUGUGCAUCUACUAAACGGCGAGAGGCUCUUGCUUGUGACAGCGCAGGAUGUUAACAUUAAUGCGUCCUGCUUGGCUGAACUGUAAUGUUGUGAGCUAGCAGUAGAUGCAUGUUUCCUUCUUUGUGGGGAUGCAGUUGACAGGUGUACUUCGGUAGAAAGUAGAAAGAUAGUUCCUAUGUAAAACUGCUCACAACAAGGUCUGUUGUUUUUUUGGGCCACUUUCAGCACCACUGACAAAGUGCCAUCUAGUUCCAUUAUAUUUGAGAGAAGGCAGACAUCUCUACAGCGAAUAUCUCCAACACUCAGCAACUCACAUCCAAAAAAUGUACGCUGAUAAAUAGCACUACAGGUAAAAGGAAAAAUAUAGGUUUUUGGUCUUGGGGUGAACCGUCCCUUUAAACAGUGCAGGUUGUUAGCAAGAUAAAUCAUGCAUGUACACUAUAGCAACUCAGAGCCCUGAAAGCCUAUUGAAAUACAUUUUGGCCCUAGUUUACUCAUUUGUUUGGCAGACAGAGGCCAUGACGAUCUAGGUGGGUGACGCUCCACCACCAAUGCUUCUGCUUCCCCUCCGUGUCUGACAUUCACCCACACCAUCACCAUUGCCACCAUGUUUCAUCCUCACCAACAAACACACAAAGCCCCACCUUCUAUGCUCGGAGACACGCAGUUCAAAAACCUCUGAAGUUGGUGCUAAUCCCGAGUCUCGUUUAACCCUCGCCAUUCACCAACUACUUUCAACUCUCUCUAUCUCACUCUGUCUUACUCAAAUUGCUGGUGAGGGGGAUUGUGGGAAUUUACUGCCUCCUGCAUAUGCUCGUUGAAUAAGAGAGUCUUUCGCAACCUUCAGUGCCAGAUGCAUUCUCUCAUGUCCUGCCUACAUUUUACCACCAGAGAAAUGAUCCCUUCUAACAUUCCAAGGGGAGGUCAACAGGCGUGGACAGAUGAAAUAUAGUCUAUGCUUUCCAUAUGUACAGUUCCACUGUAAUUGUACAACUUGCAACUUCCUUUCUGAUAUUGACUCUCAUGUUUUUUCUUUCCUAUAGCCUCUUUGCAAGGCAGUAUAUUGUAUUUGAUGUGUGUAUUUUUAAAAAAAGAUGACUACAUCUGUGUAUUGUUGGUGCCUUUGUCAGGUUCAGUUGGUUGGACUUGUCUGUCUGCCGCCAUUUUCUAGACCAGGGUUUUUCUUGCUCUGCUCCUGGUCAUGACGACCCAAUGGAAACACUGCCUUCUACUCUGGAGGGGUAUGGUAGAAUAUUAUUCUCAUUUUUCACGUGAUUAACUAUAAAUAAAUGCAGCUCAGACAAUAGGUAAUAUGUAGACUACUGGUGGUGUCUUGAAAAAACUUUGUAUCCUGUAGUAACUUUUUAAAAUUGAUGAUUUUAUUGUGACUGACAGAUUUUUUUAU